AUGGCUUGCAGCUACACGCAACUCUGCUGCCGAGCUGCAGCCUCCUCCAGAGCAUCAACAUUUCGAGCAUUACCCUCCACAGCCCGAUCUAUCUCAACCUCAAUACCUCGAUCGUACGCACAACAUACCGAUCUUCCUUCCUCAUCGAUACCCUCGCUUUCUCCAGAUGGCGCCUCUCCCCCUCCAUCAUCAAACUCCUCCACCCCAUACUACCUAGAGCCCGAAACCCACCGCAACCACAGAUACAGAGACCAACCCCUCCCAUCAGAGCUCUUCACCGGCACCGUCUCGCGCGUCGGAACCAUGGCCCACUGCGUCCAAGUCACCCGCAACAUUCAAGUCUGGGACAAGUUCCUGCGGAAAUACUAUACUCGCCCAGAGCGCAUACGAGUCCACGAUCCCAGUCCGGCGAAUUUCCUACGUGAAGGAGACGUUGUCGAAUACGGCACUUUUACAGAGAGGGAGAGAACCUCCCCGAAGGAGUGGAGAGUGUUCUUACAGGCCGAACCUGUAGGACCAGAAGGACGGAUAUCCUCCCCACAGAACCAGUCAACGAGCACAGGGAAUACAGAGGCCGCAGCGACGAAGAGCAAGCAAGCCUCUACCAAGACCCAAGCGAAGAGAGGAAGAAGACAAAUAGAAUUCAACGAUAUACGUAAAAGCAAGGACAAGGGGAAGAGAAUCGCUGUGCCGCCUUUGACGGGCGUGCAGUUCGUGGUGAGACGCGUCGUGACGCCUUUUGGUGAAGGUCUCGAGCAGAGAGUCGAGAACCUGGGCUUGGCUGGUGAGACGGAUGGGUUGAUGCAACCGAGGAGUGAGGAGGGUGGACAGAAUACGUUGGUGAGAGGAAUGGGUGGGAAUUUGUCAAGGAAUAAGUCGCAGGCCAGUCUUGGUUGA